GGCCUAUCGGAGACAUCGCUCAGUUCAGUUUGAGAAUAGCGCGGGACCAAGAAAGUAACAGCAGGAAGACUAAAAGAAAGAGACUAAAAGAGAAGCAGAACGAAAAUGUCUUUUGCUCUGUUAGCGCAUCCACCCGGACCCGAAGCCAAGGCACUGGCCGAAAAGGAACUCAGAGAAACCGAUGAGAAUGUGAAAAAGGGCAUCGAGACUCUAAGGAAGUAUCUUGAAGAGGAUAAGACGCUUUUUUACUGUACCGAUGAUGAUUUCCUCCUCAUCUUCCUUCGGCCUUGCAAAUUUUAUCCGGAAAGCGCACUGGAGCUAAUGAAACGCGUCGCGGACUUCAAAGUGAAGCACGCGGCCCUGCUGCACAACCUAAUGCCGACCGAUGAAAAAGAAGCCAUUACCGAGCACAACGUCGUUAACGUAAUGAAAACCAAAGAUCACAAAAAUCGUAGGGUUAUGAUAGUGAACUGCGGCAAACUCUGGAACCCAUCGAAAGUCAGCAGCGAUCAAGUAUUUCGCAUGUUUUACUUGGUGCACGAAUUAGCCAUGAACGAGCCGGAAACGCAGAUUUUUGGUGUCGUGGUGAUAAUGGAUUUCGAUGGACUGUCAAUGAAACAAGUUACGGCGCUGUCACCGUCCUUCAGCAUGAGGCUCCUUAGUUUUAUCCAAGACGCGAUGCCAUUGCGUUUGAAGGAGGUUCAUUUUGUGAAACAACCGUUUCUGUUCAAAAUGGUGUGGCAAAUGUUUAAACCAUUUGUUCGCGAAAAAUUGAGGAACCGCAUGUUUUUCCAUGGCUCUAAGAUGUCAUCCCUCCACGCUUACAUUCCACCAAGUCAUCUCCCAAAAAAUUACGAUGGUGAACUGCCAGAAAUAGACUACACCGGUGCUGAUUGGUAUCCAGUAAUGAUUGAAAACGAAGAUAAAAUUAGAGCAUGGAACACUUAUGGGCAUCGCAAUAAUGAAUAAACUAAUUUUUCAUCACA